AUGCUUAUUUUUUCGGUUUCUCUUUGCUGUAGAAUGUCUUCCAGAAAAUACCUUUUUCGGUUUCGCAUUUGCAACUCUAUCCGUUUCGCCGUGGAGUUCCCGCGGACACUCCGCAAAAAUAUUUUUCGACAUCUGUGUGCAAUUUCUAUUUUCACCAAAUGCAACAACGUUCUUUCCAAAUCUGUCAUGCUGUUUCUACCUUUUUGUUCGUUUCGCUCUUUCAUGAAGUAUUUUACAACUCACUACGGAAAAACUAUCCUAGAUUCGCUAUACAAAUUCCUACUUGUAAGAUGUCCGCGCUGUCAGCACUCGCUCUAA